AUGACUGCACCGCACAGUAUUGUAGACACGACUGGUCUGGCGGCCGUAACCGACGACCACCGUUCCGAGACCAGCGACGAGGAGAAGGGUGACAAGCACUCGGAGAUUGUCCAGACUCUUGCCCACAGCGGUGAAUCGGAGGAGGACGUCCUGACCAAGUACUAUGCACCCCCCGACUCUUACGAAGGCAAGCACCGUUGGGACCCCAAGGCCAAGUGGACAGCCGAUGAAGAGCGGAAGGUCCGGCGCAAGCUGGACUUACGCAUCACCUUUUUGAUGUGCAUCUGCUUUGCCGCCAUGAACCUUGAUCGCUACAACCUCGGAAAUGCCCUUUCGGACAACCUUCUCAAUGACCUUAACAUGACCACUGCCGACUACAACAUCGGCAACACCAUCUUCUAUUCUUGUUUCCUCGUCGCCGAACUCCCGUCCCAGAUGAUCGGCAAGAAGCUCGGCACCGAUCGCUGGAUUCCCAUCCAAAUCUUGCUCUGGUCGACGAUUGCCAUUGCGCAAAUCGGCCUCAGCGGCAAGACGAGCUUCUACAUUCUUCGCGCUCUGCUGGGUCUCUUUGAGGGUGGCUUCAUUGCCGACUCCAUCCUGUACCUCUCCUACUGGUUCACGGCGGCCGAAUUGACAACUCGUCUCACCUUCUUCUGGGUCUCCAUGUCCCUCUCUUCGGUUGUUGGUUCCCUCAUGGCUGCCGGCAUUCUUCAACUCCGUCACCACACUUCUCUGCCGGGUUGGAAAUGGUUGUUCAUGAUUGAGGGUGUUCUCACCUGGCUUGUUGGUCUCUUCUGCUUUUUCUACAUGCCCGCAUCGGCUACCCAGACCAAGGGCAUCAUCUCCCGCAAGCCUUGGUUCACGGAGCGCGAGGAAACCAUCAUUGUCAACAAGAUUCUGCGUGAUGACCCUACCAAAUCGAGCAUGCACAACCGUGAGGGUAUCUCACUCAAGGAACUCUGGAAGUCGCUUUGCGACUACGACCUCUGGCCAGUUUACGCAAUUGGCGGUUUCAUUUUCAUCACCUCGACGACUGUCACCGCCUACCUCACUCUUACGAUCAAGAGUCUCAACUUUACCACCUUCCAGACCAACCUUCUCACCAUCCCCUCCACCAUCAUGCUUCUGUGCGGCAACUUGGCCCUUUGCGCUCUGUCCAGGAUCUUCAAAGAGCACCUUAUGGUUGCUUCCCUCGCCCCCUGGUGGUGGAUCAUCUUCCUCACUGCCCUGGUCAACAUUCCCGACGACGCCAGCCGCUGGCUCCGCUGGGCCCUGACCACUUGCAUUGUCGGAUACCCGUACCCCAACCCCAUCCUGGUCUCCAUGACGUCCAUGAACGCUGGUUCGGUUCGCACUCGCACAGUCGCUGCGUCGCUCUACAACAUGUUCGUCCAAGCCGCCACCCUGAUCGGUUCCAACAUCUACCAGCCUGGAGACGCUCCAUACUACCACAAGGGCAACAAGGCCCUUAUUGGCAUUGUCUGCUGGGUCCUCGUUCUCUUCUGGUUUGCAAAGGGGUGGUACAUCUUCCGCAACAAGCAAAAGGCCAAGGUAUGGGACGCCAUGACCACCGAACAAAAGGAAGUCUACCUGGCAACCACGACGGACGAGGGGAACAAGCGUCUCGACUACCGCUUCCAGCACUGA